CGGAAGUCCGAGUAUUACUGAAGCUAACUUUACGAAAUAGCUCUGAGCAGCAAGCAAACGGCAGCUGAGCUACGAUGCUCUCAGUUUUCAUCAACCGGGGAGACAAUACAAACGGAAGACGAGGCGAGGCUUUGUUUUGCCUAGACGGACAUUUUAGCAUCGAGUAGACAAAAGGGAGACCGUGAGAGACCUGUGCGAGUGUGUGUUUCCUGUGUGCCGGGGGCUGUAGAGCUGGGCUCGGACAGGACAGGACAGGGCGGGGUGAUGUUUAGGUUCCGGUAUAAAGGCAUCGAGAAAAUGGGAACAAGACGAGAUGUAGAGCCGGCUGCCGACGCUGUCGUUUUAUACAGAAGAGUAGAAUGAGAAGUUUACCGUCCCGGUGUAACAGGGCGGCGGUGUAGGCCGCUGGCGUGGGAGAAGCGUGUCUCUGCGGCGCCCCUCCGCCCCCUGCCAGUCAAUAAGAUGGGGACGCUAUUUACAUUCUGUUGUCUCUUCCUUAUUGCCGGCGGAGCAGACCGGGCGUGGGCCACCGGAAACCUAACUGUCGACAGCAGUAACGACACCAACCUGACGGCCGACGGCAGCAACAAUAUCAGAAUCGGGGACGGGUCAUCGCAGGAAUUCGAGUUCCCCGAAAACACCAACGGCGUGAUUGUAAUAUCCAGCCAGUACCGGAGCGCCGCGGCCAGCAGGAAGGGCCGCCAGAGCUGGAAGCAGACCGUGAUAGUCCGCUCCCUGGACCCGGAGGUCCUCUCCAUCCUGAAUGUGACGGAUAGCGGCCACGCAGGACCGGCCAAGAGCUAUAUUAUAAGCAUUCGCUCCGGGUUCCCAGGCAGGGCUCAGCUGCAGAUCCAGCUGCUGGACCUGGACCAGGAUUCGGUGCCGGUUCUGAUCGAGGAGAGGACAGAUUACUCCAUCAGAGUGGCGCCCGGUAAUGAUGACCCAGCCACCCGGCUCAGCCAGUCGGGUGGCCUGUCCCAUUUUUCUGAGAACCCUGUGCUGUUUGCCUUGCUGCCCCUCAUCUUCGUCAACAAGUGUGCCUUCGGGUGCAAGGUGGAGGUGGAGGUGCUGCGGGGUCUGCUGAGGAGCCCGGUGCCACUGCUCCUAGGGGUGCUGGGUCAGUUCCUGGUGAUGCCAUUGUACGCCUACUGCGUGUCCCGGCUGGCCUCACUGCCCAAAGCGCUCUCCCUGGGCCUGGUCAUCACCUGCUCCGCCCCAGGUGGUGGGGGCGGCUACCUGUACAGCCUGCUGCUGGGAGGAGACGUCACCCUGGCUAUCUCCAUGACCCUGGUCUCCACGGUGGUGGCGGCAGCAGCCAUGCCUUUGUCAUCAGCUCUGUACGGUCGGCUGCUGGGUGUGCACGCUGCCCUGCACGUGCCAUUUGUGAAGAUCCUCGGCACCCUCCUGUUCAUCGCCAUCCCCAUCUCGCUGGGCAUGCUGGUCAAGCUGCGCCUGCCCGCCCUCACACGCGUCCUGCUGGCACUCAUACGACCCUUUAGCUUUGUGCUCAUCGUAGGUGGCAUCUUCAUGGCCUACCAAAUGGGCGCGUCCAUCCUGGCCAAUGUCAGGCCCCAGAUUGUGGCAGUUGGGGUGACGGUGCCUUUGCUGGGGCUGGUGGUCGGGGUCAUCCUGGCCAAGAUGGCGGGCCUGGCCCCACCGCAGAGGAAGACGGUCAGCAUCGAGGUGGGCGUCCAGAACAGCCUGCUGGCACUCGCCGUCAUGCAGCUGUCCUUCCGCCGGGUGGAGGCCGACUUCGCGUCCCAGGCGCCCUUCAUCGUGGCCCUCAGCAGCACCUCGGAGAUGCUGCUCAUUGUCCUGGGGUACUUUGCUCAGCGGAGGUUGUGUCGGUCUGCCGUACCCAGGAGUGACGCCUGAUUGUAGCCGCAGUUUUUUUUUUUUUUGUUCUGAACUUUUUGAAGAUUGAACCCUUUCAAACCUGUGGAAAUUUGGUGUCCCACAGUCUCGGCUACUAGACACCCAACAGUCAAUGGACGUUUUGUGUUUUGUCGUUGUUUUCGUAUUUUUCAUGAAAACCAAAGGCCUUUUACCCCUCUGAGACCUUUUUUGUGUUUAUUUUACAGUAUGUACUUUUUGAAAUCAGAUUAUACUGUGAGGUACUUAAUGUAAAUAUUCCUAAAAAGAGAAAUACCUAUAAAAGAAAAGAUAUUUUUGUACCAGAUUACUUUUUGUAAUCAAAAAGCAAAGACUGAUUUGCAUCAUGUUUACAAGAGGUCCAUGUGUCUUAGCCUGGGGGAGAAUUUUGGGGGUUAAGCGGAAUCAUUUGAGAUCAAAUGGGAACAUGAUGUUUUGAAAGUAUUUGCUACUGAUUGUGUUUCCUGGAUCUGCGAAUCCAUGUACUUGAAUAUUAGAGAGGAGAAAUGAAGAAAAAGUCAAUAAAAAAAAAAUGUUAAAGCAGGCUUCAGCUUGUCAAGAGUAUGUGUGCCACGAAACAUGUCUAACAGGUCUGUGUUGCAACAGCCGACUGUGGCCAGGCUGCAUUUGAUGCAUUUGACCUAAAUAUCAACCUGUGGCUGGUUGCACUUAGUGACUGUUUGCUUUCAUUUUUGCACACAGACGGUAGAACUAAUGGAUGUUCAGUGUUUUGCAUACUUAAAGACCAGCUUCACAGUAUGUGUUGAAACUCCCAUGUGGAACAUUUUGCCACAUCAAAGUUCUGAUAUUUUUGGAUUAAAGCUACUGAUACCAGUUUGCUUCUCAUAUUUAACGAAUUUAAGUGUCAUAAUCUCAUGCCAGACGUAGCAGGAGGUCACUGUUUCUUCUUCACCAGUAGUCUCGUUCGGGGGUGAACAAGCCUCUGAAACAGCAUUUACACGCUCACGAGAAAGUAAAACUCUCCACUGAAACCUGAAUGAAACACAAACCUACACAAAUGGUGUGGAAGCAAAUGUUGCAAUUGUUGUUUUCCAGGCAACGUGUAGUAUUACGAUUGAUUCAGACAAAAGGUAGCAUGAUCAAUAAAUGAAAUAUGGCUACACUGA